GGCCCCUCCGACGCGCUCCUCGUGAUCGACGUCCAGUGCGACUUCUGCGCCGGUGGCGCGCUCGAGGUACCGGGCGGAGACGACGUCGUGCCCCUGUGCAACGCGCUGAUACGCGCGUUUAAACGCGAUCGCGUCGUGUACUCCCAAGACUGGCACCCGCCCGCGCACUCGUCGUUCGCGAGCGCGCAUCCAGGGCGCGCGCCGUUCGAGACGAUCGACGCGCCGUACGGCGCGCAGACGCUGUGGCCGGAUCACUGCGUGCGAGGCACGCGCGGCGCGAGCUUCCACCCGAAGCUCAUCGUGGACUGGGGCGAGGAGAGCGAGGAGAGCGGGCUCGGGCCGUGGGUCGUGCGGAAAGGGUUCAGACCGUCCGUAGACUCGUACUCGGCGUUUUACGAAAACGAUCGGUCCACGUCAACGGGGUUGGCGGAGCAUCUGAAGUCCAUCGGCGUUCGAAGGGUGUUCGUGUGCGGCCUCGCGCUCGAUUACUGCGUGCGGUUCACCGCGCUGGACGCGCGGACGGCCGGGUUCGCGACGGUGCUCGUUUGCGACGCGACGCGCGCGGUG